CAUGGAAGUGAUGGAUGUGUGGAGCUGCUUCCACCUGAGACAGUCAUGAGUCAUCCCCCCCCCCCUCCAAAUCCCGAGGAGAGGGCGGCGUGGAAGUCCCAGCCCGUGCCAAGGAGGGCGGGCUGCCUUCGUGCGUGACUGGGGGAGAGAGAGAGAGACAGACACCGAGGCAGAGGCGCAGGUCAGCCUCCUUCUCCAUCUCUCUCUCUCUCUCCCGUUCUUUGCCUCCGAAGCAGCAGCAGCACCGCAGAGAGACGAGGAGGAGGAGGAGGAAGGAAGGAAGGAAGGAGACCGGCAGAGCCGUUGCCCCGAGCCUUCUAAACGCCGCCUCAAGGCAGGGGGACAGGACCCGCCAUGGGGAAGGAGCCCUCCGACAAGAAGGACGCCGGCUGCGACUGCAGGCGCUUCCUCCAGAACAACUGGCUCCUCAUCAGCACCGUCGUGGCCGUGGUCCUGGGCAUUGGACUGGGAGUUGGUGUCCGGGAAUAUGGAAAACUUUCCAAUCUGGACAAAUUUUACUUUGCAUUUCCAGGAGAAGUUCUGAUGAGAAUGCUCAAGCUCAUUAUAUUACCUUUAAUUAUAUCGAGCAUGAUAACAGGUGUUGCUGCUUUGGACUCUGGUGUUUCUGGAAAGAUCGGCUUGCGGGCAGUUGUGUACUACUUUGUCACUACAGUGCUUGCUGUGAUCCUAGGGAUUGUACUAGUUGUGACAAUCAAACCUGGAGUAUCCCAGAAAGCUGAUGAUAUCGAUAGGAUGGGCAGCACACCCGACGUGUCUACAGUGGAUGCCAUGCUAGACUUGGUUAGGAAUAUGUUCCCAGAAAACAUUGUGCAGGCCUGUUUUCAACAGUAUAAGACCAAACGUGUAGAACUACCUGCCACAGAUGGGGGUGGCAAAAAUGGCACUCUCCCCACACCAGACCCAUUCCCAUCCGUAGUGCCAACAGAGACUUCACAGAACAAAACCCAAGAGUAUCGAAUAGUGGGCAUGUAUUCCGAUGGUAUUAAUGUGCUCGGCUUGAUAGUAUUUUGCCUUGUCUUUGGAAUUGUUAUCGGGAAAAUGGGAGAAAAGGGACAAGUGCUGGUGGACUUUUUCAAUGCACUAAACGAUGCCACAAUGUACAUAGUUCAGAUUAUAAUGUGGUAUAUGCCGGUGGGUAUUUUAUUUUUGAUUGCUGGAAAGAUAAUAGAAGUUGAAGACUGGGAAAUCUUUCGCAAAUUGGGUCUUUAUAUGGCUACUGUGCUAAGUGGGCUUGCAAUCCAUUCUGUUAUAGUUCUCCCACUAAUAUACUUAAUCAUAGUCCGGAAGAAUCCGUAUAAGUUUGCCAUGGGAAUGGCUCAGGCACUUUUGACAGCACUCAUGAUUUCCUCAAGUUCAGCUACUUUACCUGUCACCUUCCGCUGUGCAGAAGAAAACAACCGUGUUGACAAGAGAAUUACCCGAUUUGUUUUACCAGUUGGAGCUACAAUCAACAUGGACGGUACUGCACUAUAUGAAGCAGUAGCCGCUGUUUUCAUUGCACAGCUUAAUGACUUAGUACUAGAUAUUGGCCAGAUUGUGACCGUCAGUGUAACAGCGACUGCGGCCAGCGUUGGAGCCGCGGGAGUGCCCCAGGCGGGACUAGUGACCAUGGUGAUUGUCCUGAGUGCGGUUGGGCUUCCUGCUGAAGAUGUUACCCUCAUCAUAGCCGUGGAUUGGCUCCUGGAUCGAUUCAGAACCAUGGUGAAUGUUCUUGGCGACGCCUUUGGGACGGGAAUUGUGGAGAAGCUCUCCAGAGAAGAACUGGAGCAGAUGGACGUCACCUCGGAAGUCAACAUAGCGAACCCCUUUGCCUUGGAAACCAACACGCCUGACAGUGAGGAAACAGAGACCAAGAAAUCCUAUGUGAAUGGAGCUUUUGCCAUAGAUAAAUCUGACACUAUCUCAUUCACCCAAACAUCACAGUUCUGAAGCUGACUGAUGGACGCGGGGCCUACAUUUGAUCAAAGGACAUGGGAAGCCCCACUUUCAACCAUGUUCUGGGUCCCUCGCACUUCUGGCCCCAUAUGCUGUGCUUUCUCUUCUGCCUUGUAUUCAAGCUGGCACACAAAGGGAAGACAUGCAUUUCUCUGUCUCUCAGCCCUCCCCACCCAUCUCUUCAGCUGCAACAACCCAAAGAACACAGCCAUUUUGCUCCUGUUGCGCAAGCUACCAGUGUUUUAUAUGUCUCCACAACUGGGAACAUGGAUGCCCUUUCUCCUCAAUCGUAUUCAACAUGUUCAAAGCUGUGGAGAUUUCUAUAAAGCAGAAAUAUAGGCACACCCUGGGCAUAGAGAACAUAAAUAAGCACACAGAGAACACAGCAUUUGGGGACCCACCAUUGGUGAAACCACACACCAUAAUAAACUGAGAUUACCCAGCCUCUUCUGACAUCAACCAACUCUGAAGGACAUCGUCAUAUAUGAAAUUAUUUAGCAGGCUAAGAGGCUAAGUGAGCUCCUUUGAAUAUGAGGAUCCUAGAUUUUCCCUCAGUUCUUGAGUUUUUCAAGCAUUUGGCAAUUGUGGGCAGACUUAUGAAAAAGAUACACUGUAAAAAUAUGUAUUUCUUAAAAGUUGUAUCAUAUUCCAGAGGAUUCAAGGUGUCUGCUUGCAAUGAGCAUGCUCAUCCAUUGGGACAAUGAAUGGAAGGAUAUGCUGUUUUCAGAAGCAUAACUCUGUUUUCCAUCCAUGGAUUUUUUAAUGCUGCCACUUUUUUUAUUUUACUUCAUCUAGGACAUUUCCCCAUAAAUGUACUAUGUGCCAGAAGAUUAAUUAGUGUAGCUCAUUGGCAAAUAAGAAGAUGAGAAAUGCCCUGCAAUAAGUGUUAAUUUUUCAAAGAGAGUGUAUGUGCUUUUAAAGCAAAUGAUUAUGAAAAAUGGAAGUUAUAAAAAGCUUCAUUAUUACGAUUUUUCCUAUGAUAAAUUAUAUCAAGGAAACAGCAGUAUGUCAGAUACUGUGACUGAACAAUUUUGCUGCAGCUGGAAAUCAUGAAAGCUUUGCUUUCUUCAUUUAUCUAUCACUCUUCAUCUGGAACAUCUUGAAAUCUGCUAGUAUUUAUUAACUCUAGGAAAAAAUAAAAUAGAGGAUGAAACCCAGUGUUUGCAAAGCAUACAUCCAUUCACACAAUAGGCUUUUCCUACCACUUUGUGGUGGCAAAAAUAUGAAUCCUCAGACAAAGAAAUAAACUUUUUAGUCAAAGGGACCUCUGAUUAUCCACCAGUUCCAAUAUAUCUAUCCCUGUAUUGUACAUGUUCAUAGUAUAAUGAUGACAUAAUUCUCAAAUUGGUGAUGUGAGUUUGGUUUCUUUGUCAAAACAUUCCAUAAUGUUCAGCAUUUCAUCUGAUACUUGCAUACUGUUUAAAUAUUCCUCAACCAAAAAUAUACUUUUCUUUUACCUUCCAAAAUUCUUGUUUGCCAUCUCACUUAUAACACAAACUGAACUUCAGAAAACACCUUUUUCUGUAAAUAAGCUUGUGCUAAACUGGAAAAAAGCACUUAAUUACUAUUAAAACCAUAAAAAUUAUGUAGGAUUAGACAAAGUCAGUGUUACACUUUUUCUAUUCAAUAUAUAAGCCAGGAUAUGUGCCAAAGAACUAAAGGGAAAAUGCAUAAAGCAGAUGUUUUGAUAAAUUGCACCUUAAUUUGAAACUGAGACAUAAUACUGUAUGUACGUAAAUAUGAUGAGUUAUAAAUGCAGAGUGCACAAAAAUGUAAAUGUUGAUAUAUGUUUAUAUAAAAUGAAGGAGUGUACAGUGUAAAUCAGUCCUUUAUCUUGGGCACAAUAAUUUUUUAAAAUACAUUUGUACAGCUUUGCUAUUGCCAGAGAAGAAGAAAAAUGUCCCAAAUCAUCAGUGUUUGGCCUUUGAUUUGCAUUUCUCCUUUUUGUAAGCUGUCCCUUCAUCACUGUUCAUAUGAAGCCAGGAUAAGUCUUCAACUUAUCCUAGCUUCAUAUCUGUGUGUAGAUUGCAUCAGGGUACAGGCUCAUCAUAUGGACUUUAUGUUCAGCUGCUAAAAUUAAGGAAGAUGAAUGACAGAGUUUUAAUCCAUUGUGCCCCCAGUAACACAGUGGAUUAAAUCCUUGUUCUGGCAGGACUGCUGACUGACAGGUCGGCGGAUUAAAUCCGGGGAGAGCGAGUUGAGCUCUCUCUGUCAGCUCCAGCCCCCCAUAUAGUGACAUGAGAGAAGCCUCCCACAAGGAUGGUAAAACAUCAAACAUCCAGGCGUACCCUGGGCAACAUCCUUGCAGAGGGCCAAUUCUCUCACACCAGAAGCAACUUGCAGUUUCUGAAGUCACUCCUGGCAUGGAAAAAAAAAUCCAGAGUAGGACUGUAAAACUCAACAUAAUCUAUUAUUGUCAAUUUUAUUAUAAUGAACUCAUUUGUGUUGCAGCGAAUGCUGAUCUCUAAACAGUGAUGGACUGACUAGCCUUGCAGCUUAUGCCACAGACCUGAAAGAGAACCGCUUUGAAAAAGGAGGCUCAGGUUGACUUCUUCAAAUCUGCUUUGGCUGUAGCAAACCCAAGCAAUCGAGUGUAAAGCUCUCAGUGCUAGGUGUGUAAGGAACAGCAGCAGUUUUGUAGUGUCCAUUUUACUAUUGGGUUGAUUGUUUUAGGUGUAGUUACGUUUCUGUGAACUGCUGGGGGGAGGUUCCUUUGGGAAACAAAAGGCAACAUAGAAGUUAAAUCAAUAAUACUGCUAUAUCUGUUAUUCUUCUAGAUUUCUCAUGGUUAUGCCCAUGUGGAAUAAAUCGUGUACAGCAGCAUGAGCUAUGAUCAGCACGUAUUUUCAUUCUUCCUACUACUUGAGGUACUACAAAAGUAUAUGCAGUGGGUCACACGUCUACAUUGGCUCUGUUCUAAAGAAGCAUGCAGCAAGACCCGUGUACCCGCCGUUAUUAUUAUUCCUUUCCUCAACAGCAGCAUCCCAGGGGUGUAAUGGAAACUGCUGCCUUUUGGAGCAAAACAGUUCCCACGGAGAGGGCAGGAAGCUCAGGUGCUUGAGCAUAAGCACAAUGCAGGUGCAUGCGGGGGCUCCCUGAAAUAACUGGAAAAAACACUUUCAGAUUACUGAUUAAUGCUCCAACCUUGGCCAGAAAUCAAAUACAUGGGAUCUGAUCCCAAGUCUUCAGAGAAAUGUAUGCAGAGACAAAUGUGCAAUUAUCAUUCAUCUCCACUGGAGAUGGUUUUAUUACAUAUUAUUUCAAGCAGUAUCGUAUUUGUCAUUUACGCACAAAGACCUGCAGAGUCGAGCUAUGAAUUUUCCACUGGGAACAGAGUGUAUCUAUAGUUUGGCAUUUAGUUAUCCCCUUGAUAGCUAAGAUGUAUUAAUAGUUCUAUUCAAAACAUUAAAAGCAUAUCCCGUUUGUGUACA